CUCAGCCGACCAGUGGCGCUUUGCUGAGUCAAUCGUACAGACAAGAUGCAGACGCAGCCGAUCGGUAAGGAGGCUGGCAGGCAGGGAAGGCAGCAAGAUGGAUGGAUAGAUGGCUUUGCUUGACUCAGAUGGUGACUUUUACGGCGAUUUCGAUGAUGACGACCGGGCGUCGGAAUUCUUCGGGCAAGAGGUGAGAUGACCAACCACACAUUCGCGUGAUUUACUCCUGCUCGCUCAUCCACUUGUCCGUAUCUGCGUGUGUGUGUCAAUCCACCAGGUCGGUCAUCUUGUGUUGGAGGACACUGCUGCUCCCGACCCGCCUCGCUUCGCCAUACGCAAGGGCGCCAACGACAUCGGACGACGGCAUCAGGAGGGGGUCAGCCAACACUGACUCUGCGCGCAACUGCCUGUGCGUGACUGACGUCUGUUCGUAGUUGUUCCCUGUGGAUGGCCACCGUGUGGACCUGCUCGUGGAGGGCGACAGCAGUCUCACCAUCUCGAGGAAGCAUGCAAUCAUACGUGAGUCAGCGAAGGGAGACCAUCCAGGGAUGCAUCCAUCCACGAGCGUGUACGUGUUUCUGUGCCCUUGGAUGUUGAGCGUGACAGCAUCGAGACCUGGGACGCCGGCAGCGGCAAUGGCACAUGGUAGGCCUGCCUGUAACACUCGCAGCCCGCAACGCAACGACCGUCUCUUGUGUUUUGUGCAUUGUGAUGUGCGGGUCUGCACGUGUUCAGCUUUGCGAACAGAGAUAACAGAGAGAAGCCACUGAAGCUGGGCGUGCGAUACGAUCUGUCCGACGGCUGCAUCAUUCGAUUUGGAUGUGAGCGGGCGGACACUCCUCACCCCCCUCACUUACAUCACGGAUAACAACGUCGCUCUUCAUGAUUGUGCUCUUCCCUAUCGCUGGCAGCCGUCCGCUUUCGCUUCGUCAUGGUCCCAGCAUUCAAGCAGUGGCUGGACAGUCGGCUGAUGCCCUCCCCGCCACCCAUGCCGCACCCACCCCCUCCUCCCGCCGCCAGUGGGGCUGUGUUCGAAUUGGUGAGGCAACUCAAUCGGGCAAGUGGAGAGGGGGCGGGGUAGGGCAGAAGACAACGCAUUUUUCGGUCUUUCCAUCAGGAGCGUUUGAGGGCAGAGGAUGCCUGUUCAACUGUUGCCCAGCUCACCGAGACCAUUCGGUGCGAAAAGGUCGACUCCACUCAUUCAUCAUCGCCUCUCAUCCCCUUAUGUGCAGGGUGAAGGACAGCGAGCUGCAGCGCCACGUGGCCGACAAGAAGGCCAACGCUGCCCUCCUCACCGUCAAGGACAACACCAUCACAUCGCUCAAGCAGGACAACGCCGCACACCGCACCCGCAUCGUCAAACUCGAGCAGCAGAUCGCCACACUCGAGAGGGAGCGCCUCACCGACGAACGGCUGCGUCAGUGUGGGUCUGCAGCUGAGAUUGAGUGCCUAAUGGGACGGGCGGAUGAGGAGAUGGGGCGGCUGGCGGGCUUCAAGCGGCGUGCUGAGGCGCUGCACGACGAGAAGAGGAGGGAAGAGGAAGAGAGCGACCGCAUGUGUCUCGCCUGCAAGGGGAGGGAGAAGACCGUCACACUGCCGUGUGGUCAGUCAGCAAGAGAGACAGUAUGAUGACGUUGACCGACAUGUGUGUGGACAUGCGUGUGUGCAGGGCAUGUGUGCUAUUGCAGGGAGUGCUACCGGCGCAUCCUCUUAGGCCCACCCGAGAGGCCAGCUGACGGCGAUGGCAACGGCGAUGAUGAAGAUGAGGAGAUGGCCGAGGAGCCGGUGCCACCCAGGUGUUUCUGCAAAACACCAUUCUAGUGAGUGCCGGCCAUCCAUGUGUUCAUGGAGAGAAGAUGCUAUCAUCAAGGGCGGUCGAUGUGGUGUGAUUUGUGUGCAGUGACGUGCUCCCUACGUUUAGCAAUGAUGGCGAUUACGUCCUCACGCGACCGCCUCCACGGUAAGGGCAUAAACUGUCUGUCUGUCACACAGGCAUAUGCACUAGACAUGUGCGACGUGAGUACCAUCCUCUCUCUCUCUCUCACUGUCACGUUGUUCUACUGCCGCAGAGGGGUGCGUACUGCCUACAUGAGGGUGAGGAUCAAGGAGUCACCCACAGGCCGGCAGGUCCCUCUGUGGGUGCGACGAGAAUCCCUCGUGCUUCACGUCAAGGCGGCUUUGUACCACGACAUCUCCAAAAUACACCUGAUCUUUGGCGGCAAGUACGUAAGGCCUUCACGCAGGCAGGCAGGCAGGGAGGGAGUGUGUGUGUGUGCGUGACUGAUGUGCAUCCCCCCUGCAGGACGAUUUCGGACGAGUUAUUGUUGGCGGAGUACGGCGUACUGGGGGGCAGCACCAUCCACAUGAUCGUCACCAGAUGGUGAGGGAGGGGCUGCUAGCUAGCUGAGAGGGAGGAAUGAAGGAUGGGGCGCAGUGCAUGCCAAGCACGGCUAGACCGUCAAUGGGUGUGUGUACACAGAUAUACAGACUGCCUGGAUGCCUGCCAUCGCACUGACUCGCUCCAUGGCCGUGCUGCAUUGCAUGCGCGUCUCCUUUUGACUCGAUGCAUGUCGCUGUGCGGUGCGUGUCCAUACAGACAGACGUGAACGGCAGUGCAUCGCCCGC